AUGACUGAAUUAUAUUUCCUACGUCAUGGUGAAAGAAUAGAUCACGCGUUACUCAAAGACCCUCAAGCAAAACCAAUAUUGGAAGAGUAUAAAGAUUAUGAUCCUUCUUUAGCCACUUCGGCAAUUCCACAAUUACAAACAGCUGUGGAUGAUUUAUGUAAUUUAACUAAAGCAUUUCAAGAUAAAGAUUCAACUCAAAGAAAAAACGUAUUUAUUCAUUUCAGCCCAUAUUUAAGAUGUUGUCAAACAGCAGAUAUUCUAAUAACUGAAUUGAAAGCUUCAUUUUUGGAGAAAUUCCCAAAUUAUAAAGUAAGAUUUCAAUUAUUGGGUGAUUUUGCAUUGAGUGAAUGGAUUCAUGAUAAAAUGAAAAAUAAACCACCUUUUGUUGAUUCUGAUGAUGCGUAUAAUAUGUAUACACCUAAUUUGAAAUCUUUAAAAAAUAAAAAUGCUUGUUCUAAUUUUAGACCAACAAUCACUUUGGGUCCGUAUAAUGGUCCCGAUUUAAGUUACAAAGAUUAUCAAGCAAGAUGUAAAGAUUAUUUCCAGAAACUAUUGGCAACUUAUAAUAAGCCUUCAUAUAUCAGAAACCAAGAUAUUAUUAUUAUCGUAUCACAUGGAUAUGCUAUAAAUCAAUUUAUCACAUAUUUUAUUAAUCAUCCAUUAUUUGAAGAAAAUCCCAGAAGCAGUUUUUAA